GGCGGCGGCCGCGGGCGGGCAACAACAACGGCGACGUCGGCCUCGAAGACCCCCCAUCCCGGUGGGGAUCCCGCUCAAGAUAGGUUCCCCUUCCCCAUGACUUGCUGGCUUCCCCCAAAUCCCGGCUCUGUUCAAAUCUGUUUCUGCACCCUCUGUUUCUGCAUCCGACUAAAAUACAUCUAGAUACAUCCCCUUUUAUUCAUUUAAAGAUAUGUAGUAGCUUAAAACGAAACUUGCAGAUAGGUGGGAUCAACUUGCAACUUUGUAACGCAACGCACAAAACAAAUGCCAUGACUGACUGACGAGACCGAAAAAUCAACCACUUUCUUUCUCCUCGAUCGUCCUGGGUGACAAGCAUGUGACUGCUCGCCUGAUGCAUCAAACGUAGUGUCUGAAACAAAAUUAUCCUCCUGCAUGCCUGCAAGUGGACGGCUGUCUGUGCCUGCCUCGGUGUGGCCACUUUGAUUACUUUACUAAAGCCUGCAUCGCUAAUGCCAAGAGAUUAAACAUUGUUCUCGUUAUUAUUGGCUCGAGAACAGAUCUCAGGCAGUAUACAACCGUUGUACGUAGAUUGUAAGCAUUCAGGUAAAAUAUUUUCGAUACACAAAAAAAAAGAGAGAGACAAUACAGUUACGAAAUCCAAGCGGAUGGAGAGCCUUGAUGAUAAUUAAGAGGAAACCAAUGGCGCAGUAGAUUUAGAGCACAGCUUGUGAACAGGUGCGGCCAACUGAGUGCUGAUGCUGAUGCUGAUGGCAUGCCGUUGGUAGCACGCUUGUAAUAAUGCACAAAACCAAUGUCAUGACUGACGAAAUUGAAAAAAUAAACACUUUCUUCCUUGUAUUGGGUGACAAGCAUGUGGCUGCUCACGUGACGUAUCAAACGUAGUAUCUGAAACAAAAUUGGGUGACAAGCAUGUCACUACUCACGUGAUGAACCAGACGUAUCCGAAACAAAUUAUCUUCCUGCCUGCAAGUGAGCGUUUUGUAAUGGCAGUGCACGCUGUCUCAAAUGCCUGUCAGAGCCUCGGUGUGGCCACUUUGAUUACUUUACUAAAGCCUGCAUCGCUAAUGGCAAAAUUCAAUAUUUUUGCUGUGAUUUGAUCGAUUUGAUCGAGAACAGAUCUCAGGCUACAUACGACCGUUGUAUAUUGGAGAGCUCAAGCACUAUACUCGUCCCGCUCACAACAUUCUCUUCUCGACUCAGGCAUCCAAAAGCUUCAAGAUCUCACAAAAAUCUCGUGAUCGGACGUGCCUGUGAAGACCACGUCUUCCUCGCUGCUGCGUUGCUGGUCCUGGGUGCUGAUCAGGGGCAAGCUCGUGAAGUGCACCUGUGUUUGAGGAGUUUCUUCCGAGUGUUCCAAUGGCGGAGCUGGUGGCUGCCAUGGCCAUCCGGCCACUGGUGUCCAUGCUGAUGAACAAGGCGUCCAGCUCCCUCCUGGACCAGUACAAGGUGAUGGAGGGAAUGGAGGAGCAGCACAAGGUUCUCAAGCGCAAGCUUCCGGCCAUCCUCGACGUCAUGACCGACGCCGAGGAGCAGGCCACGGCUCAUAGAGAUGGUGCUAAAGCCUGGCUUCAGGAGCUCAAGACGGUGGCCUAUGAAGCAAAUGAAGUCUUUGACGAGUUCAAGUACGAAGCGCUCCGCCGUGAAGCCAGGAAGAAGGGGCACUACAGAGAGCUUGGCUUCGAUGUAAUAAAGCUAUUCCCUACUCACAACCGUAUUGUAUUCCGCUACAAAAUGGGUCGCAAGCUUUGCCGGAUUCUGAAGGCCAUUGAUGUCCUUAUAGCGGAGAUGCAUGCCUUUAGGUUCAAGUACCGACCACAGCCGCCGGUGCCCAAGAAGUGGAGGCAGACGGAUUCUGUUAUCACCGACCUGCAAGACAUUGCCAGCAGAUCCAGAGACAAGGAUAAGAAGAAUAUUGUUGCUACACUACUUGGUCAAGCUAACAAUGCAGAUUUCAUAGUUGUUCCUGUUGUUGGAAUGGGGGGCCUUGGCAAGACCACAUUAGCGCAACUCAUAUACAAUGAUCCUGAAAUUCAGAAGCAUUUCCAGUUGCUGCUCUGGGUCUGUGUCUCUGAUACCUUUGAUGUGAACUCUCUGGCCAAGAGUAUAGUAGAAGCAUCUCCCAAUAAGAAUGUUGAUACAGACAAACCACCACUGGAUAGACUUCAAAAACUGGUCAGCGGACAGCGGUAUCUCCUUGUAUUGGAUGAUGUUUGGGACAACAAAGAGUUACGUAAGUGGGAAAUUCUGAAGGUAUGUCUUCAGCAUGGUGGCAUGGGCAGUGCGGUGUUGACAACAACUCGUGAUAAACGAGUUGCUGAAAUUAUGGGUGCAGAUAGGGCAGCCUACAAUCUCAAUGCUUUGGAGGAUCACUUCAUAAAGAAAAUUAUUGAGGCUAGAGCAUUCAGCCUGGACAAAGAAAAGCCUGCUGAACUAGUGGAGAUAGUUGAUCAGAUUGUGGACAGAUGUCGUGGCUCUCCUUUAGCUGCAUGUGCACUGGGCUCUGUACUUCGUACCAAGACCACCGUGAAAGAAUGGCAGGCUAUAGCAUCUAGAAGCAGCAUUUGCACUGAGGAAACUGGAAUCUUGCCAAUACUCAAGCUUAGCUACAACGACUUGCCAUCGCACAUGAAGCAGUGCUUUGCUUUUUGUGCUGUAUUUCCAAAGGAUUAUAAGAUUGAUGUAGCGAAGCUGAUCCAGCUAUGGAUGGCAAAUGGCUUUAUCCCUGAACACAAGGAAGAUAGUCUUGAAACCAUUGGACAACUUAUUUUUGAUGAGCUUUCUUCAAGGUCAUUCUUUCUGGAUAUAGAGAAGAGUAAAGAAGACUGGGAGUAUUAUUCCAGAAAUACAUGUAAAAUCCACGAUCUUAUGCAUGAUAUUGCAAUGUCUGUUAUGGAAAAGGAAUGUGUUGCUGUGACUAUGGAGCUAAGUGAAAUUGAGUGGCUUGGAGAUACUGCACGGCAUUUUUUUUUGUCAUGUGAAGAACCAGAUGGUAUUCUGAAUAAUUCUAGGCAGAAAAGAUCCCCUGCUAUACAAACACUGCUAUGCGAGAGUCAUAUGCGAAGCUCAUCACAUCAUCUAUCAAAAUACCGCUCGUUGCAUGCCUUGAAGCUCCAUAUAGUGGAAAAAUCAUUUCUGUUGAAACCAAGGUAUCUGCAUCACCUGAGGUACCUUGAUCUCUCCUGCAGUUAUAUCAAUGCACUUCCUGAAGACAUCAGUAUUCUAUAUAACCUGCAAACAUUGGACCUUUCCAACUGCCGUUCUCUUUAUCGACUUCCAAGGCAAAUGAAAUAUCUGACUUCUCUCCGUCACCUCUAUACUCACGGAUGUGCGAAGUUGGAGAACAUGCCUCCAAAACUCGGAGAACUCACUGACCUGCAGACACUUACAUGUUUUGUAGCAGCAGUUAUGAGCCCCGAUUGCAGUGAUGUUGCAGAGCUGCAGGGUUUAAAUCUUGGUGGUCAGCUAGAGCUACGUCAGGUAGAGAAUGUUGAAAAAGCAGAAGCAAAAGUGCCAAAUCUCGGGAAAAAGAAGGAUCUUAGAGAACUGACGUUAAGGUGGAGUUCUGUUUGUGAUAGCGAGGUGCUCGACAAGUUUGAGCCUCAUGACAUGCUGCAGGUUCUGAAUAUAUAUUCAUAUGGAGGAAAGUCCAUGGGUAUGUUACAAAACAUGGUUGAGAUCCAUCUUUUCCGUUGUGAAAGAUUGCAGUUUUUGUUCAGAUGUGGUACAUCCUUCACUUUUCCGAAACUACAGGUGCUUACACUAGAGCAUCUGUCGGAUUUUGAGAGAUGGUGGGAAAUAAAUGAGAGGCAAGAAGAACAGAUAAUAUUCCCUCUGCUUGAGAAGUUGUUUAUUCGGCAUUGUGGAAAGCUGGUAGCAUUACCUGAAGCACCAUUGUUUGAAGAACCAUGUCAUGGAGGUAAUAGAUGGGUAUGCACACCGUUUUCUCUGCUCGAGAACUUGUUUGUUAGGUACUGUGGAAAGCUGGCAGCAAUGCGUGAAGCACCGUUGGUUCAAGAACCAUGUACUGGAAGUUAUAUACUGGUACGGUCAGCAUUUCCUGCUCUAAAGGUACUUGCAUUGGAAGACUUGAAUAGUUUUCAGAGAUGGGGUGUUGCUGUCGAAGGAGAACCGAUAUUGUUUCCUCAGCUUGAGAAACUAUCAAUUAAAAAGUGCCGAAAGCUGAUAUAUUUACCAGAAGCACCGAAACUCAGUGUGUUAGAAAUUAAAGAUGGCAAGCAGGAGAUAUUCCAUUUUGUAGACAGAUAUUUGUCUUCAUUGACCAAUCUGGUAUUGAAGCUAGAGAACAGACAAAGAACAUCUGAGAACAGACAAAGAACAUCUGAGAACAGACGAAGAACAUCAAGGAGAGUUGAGUGCACUUCAAUUGUACCGGUGGACAGCAAGGAUAAAUGGAACCAGAAAUCCUCACUUACCGUUAUGGAGUUACAAUGCUGCAACUCAUUCUUUGGAUCCGGUGCACUAGAGCCAUGGGACUAUUUUGUUCACCUUGAAAGGUUAUUAAUUGGUAGUUGUGAUGUGCUCAUCCACUGGCCAGAGAAAGUGUUCCAAAGCUUGGUAUCCUUGAGGAUAUUAACGAUUACAAACUGUAAAAAUCUGACUGGAUACGCGCAGGCUCCUGUUGAGCCUUCCACGCCCCGAAGGAGUCAACACCUACCAGGACGGGAGUCUGCAAGUCUGCUUCAGCCUCUUGAACCAUCAGCAUCUGAAAGGAGUCAACACCUGCCAGGUCUGGAGUGUCUUUCGUUAAGAGAGUGUGCAAGUUUGGUAGAGAUGUUCAACGUCCCGGCAUCUCUCAAGAAAAUGAGUAUCAAUAGGUGCGAUAAUCUUGAGUGCAUAUUCGGCAAGCAGCAGGGCAUGUCAGAGUUAGUCCAAGGGUCUUCUUGCAGUGAGGCAAUCACGUGUGCAGCUGUAUCAGAGUUGCCAUCCUCACCCAUGAAUCACUUUUGUCCAUGCCUAGAAGAUCUACAUUUAUCUGGAUGUGGAAACUUACCAGAGGUUCUAAAUCUGCCUCCGUCCUUAAAGACCAUAUUUAUUGGAUGGUGCAGCAGUAUUCAAGUGCUAUCGUGUCAGCUGGGGGAGCUCCAGAAACCAGAAGGCACUGCGUCCAUCAAUGUACCAGAGCCAUCAGCAGCAGUAGCAGUAGCAGCAGCACGAGAGCAUUCAUUUCCUUCUCGUCUCCAAUCUCUACAAAUAUGGGAGUGUGAUGGCAUGUUGGGGGGGAUUCUCCGUCUGCCUACGUCCCUCAAGAUACUGGAUAUCAAUAACAGCAGGUGGUUGACAUCACUGGAGUCGCUGCUGAGAGAGCAGCCCCCAUCGUUGGUAUACCUUGGGCUUAAAGGCUGCAGUACGCUGGCAUCCCUGCCGAAUGAGCCUGAAGCAUACAGGUGUCUCCAAGAGGUUGUAAUUAAAGGCUGCCCAGCUAUAAAGAAGCUCCCUAGAUGCCUACAGCAGCAACUGUGCAACAUUGACAACGGUUUGAAAGAACUGGAUGCACAGUAUGAAGUAACGGUAUUUAAACCAAAGACAUGGAAGGAAAUACCAAGACUAGUCCGUGAGCGAAGGGAGGCGGCUCGAGAAGCCAGGGAAUGCCAGCAAUCCAUGCAGGAGUAAACAUGGCGACAAUUACAUGGGAAGGGCAUGGUUUUGUUUGCCUCAAAUGAUGUAUGUACUAGGAUAUGUCAUGAUUGUAACCAUUCGACUUGUCUGAACUCUGGCCUUUGUCUUCUCCAGAUACUUGUAGUGUGGAUUAAUUCAUCUCCUUCAACAUUUUCCAGGUUUAGUAAAAGUUGGGAUACUUAAUUACUUUGUGAGCUAUACAUACCUAGUUUCAGCUAAGUGUCAUUACUUGUUCCUUCCUCUCCUUCUCUGACAGGGAGAUUCUAAAAGUUGGGAUACUUACUUU